AUGAAUUUUCCCUCUGACCCAGUUUGGGCGAAUCAUUCUCAAUUUGGAACUGUUCGCUCGCCGAGAGUACUAAUCCUCUCUCUCUCUAUCGUUUUCGUGAGUGCUCUAUGUGCCGCUCCAAGAUCGCUUCCCGAGGAACCUCGCUACGACGACAGGACUCCCCACAGUUUGUCAGGGCGACCGUACGCUCAAGGACGUCGUCCUCUACAUAUUUACUCGGCUCACAGCAGGCCAUCGGCUAACUAUCGAGCAUUUCCCUAUUCGCCACCCGGGGACGUGCCAAACAGGGGUAUCACCUCCCCUCCACCACAGACAACUGUGGUGGUACUUGGAGUAUUGGACCAGUACUACGUAUCAGUACUGCGCGAGUAG